AGCAGGCCCACCAUACGUAGCGCAGCGCGCCGGCUUCGCAUAUUUGCUCACUGUCAGGCGCUCACCACCAAAUCAACUGAAGCAAAUACAAUAGAUAGCUAAACAACUAAACUAAAAUAUAUUGUUUCUAGUGUAUUUGACUACAAAGAAAAGGCAAACAAAAAAAUGAAAGGAAAAAAAAUUUGUAGAAAAAUAUUUAAUGUUAUUAAUGUUGAGAGCGCGCGUUCAAAAUAAUGUCUGCGCGGCGCAGCGCAGCGCACACUACUCACUUCACUUCAUUUCAGUUCAAUAUACAACAGCAACUCUCUGUGACGUGUGAGCGCGUGAGCUGACGAUCUCGAACUCAGCGCGCUGUUAGCGCAUAAGAGCAAGCGAAGCGCGAAAAAUUUUCAAAAUUGUUUUUCUAUACCCCUAUUUUCUGUUUUUUGAUUUACACGGCGCUUAUUUUCGAAAACAAAAUGAGUGAAAAUUUUUAUAAAUUUCAUUAGACGCGCAUGAAAAGUGUUCACUUCGAAAAUAGCGCGAUGCCGCUGCGCUUUUUUUUUUUUUGAUGUUGUUUUUUGCUUUGAACAUUACGAAAUCGGUUGCGCACUAGUGUAGUAUGUGCGCGCGUUAGUGUGUCAAAUACCAAAAAUUGAAAAUAAAGAAAGAAAUUUCAAAAAUAAUUGCUCAACCCAUAACCAAAAUUCCUAUUUAGCCAAAAACAGAAAAGGCAGCGCGCUAGCCUGUAUGUUUCUGACGUUUGACAUUUAGGGAAGUACUGCGCGUGCCCAAUGUUGUUCCACAGGGGCCCUCCGACGCGUCUGAGUACCAGAGCAGCGCAUAUCCGUUGCGCUCAGCUCAACGCCGUCACUCGAACGGUGCUUUGUUGAACAGUUCUAGUGGCCAGAGACUCAGUAUUUUCACAGACCUACAGUCGAACAGAAUGAGUCGACGAUUUUCGAUAAACGACAACGAAUAAGAAGAAGCAAAGCAAAAACAAGUACAUGAAGAAUAUAUAUACAGCUUCAAAAGCAGUAGAAAAAGACACCAAAAUCGAAUUAGCGGAAAUUUUGAAAUACGCAAACCGAAUUUCAAUUGAUUGAGCAAACUAUUUCAUGCGCAAACGAACUUUCAUUUAAAUUGAUUUCAAAUUUUUAAUUAUUUAUGUGUUGUGUUUUCGUUGGAACCGACCUUAGUCACCACCGCCAAAGAAAAGCGCUCGCUGAAAAUCACCGCUAUAUAAUAAUUUGAAGCAAAAAAGAAAAAAACUCUAUUAGAACGUGUGCGGUUAACCUAAUUAACAUAGUAGUGGUGGAACUUCGGAACGUCAUAGACUUUGAACGCGCGCGCCACAAGCCCACAGCACUGCGACAGGCCAUAGCGAUUGUUGAACGCGCGUGUUGAGCGUGUUGAGUAAGAGACAAGUGCAAUAAAAAAAGAAAAAAAUAAUUGAAUUUCAAAGAACAUGCCAAAUUAUCGCCAAAAGAAUAAGAAAAAUAAGAGCAAGAAUCGUCAGAAGAAUCAGCAACAACAACAACAGCAACAACAAUCAAACAAAAACCAAAACCAAAACCAAAACCAAAACCAGACUCAACCAGAAAAUCAACAAAACAAUCAAAACCGGCCGAUAACCGGCAAUAAAGACAAUCAAAGUCAGGGUCACCACAGACGUGAGCAAUCUAAUCAAGAGCACCAACAACAACCAACGAAAACACCAAAAUCUCCCAUAACAACUGACAACCCAAACCUACCGCCGCGCAGUCAAGCGCGAGCCACUUCACCACUCAAGCCGCAGCUACCGGAGGAACCGGCGUACACACAAAAUGCGCGAGAAGUGGACUCAAACAACAGCGCCAUCACCACCAGCACCGCUCCCAGCAUUGCGCUUGAAGAGUGUCAUAAUUUAAAUUCGAACGAAUCCAACACAAACAGUCACCCAACGUUCAUAAGUGCAGUUGAACGCGAAGAGUGCAAUCGUGUGGAAGAUGCAGACGCACAGCAUUCGAAAUUAGUUAGACAACAGACGGAAGUAGAACAAGACAGACAAGAGACCGGCAAUAGUGAGGGUGUUCCUACAAUUAGAAAGUGUGGCGCGGAAGAGACGACGGUAGCGUGCACGAUGGGCAAUAAAGAAUCAAAAACAUUUAGCACAAGUGAAGGCGACGGUGCAACGUUGCCGCUACCAGCAGUGACAGGCUCACUGGCAGAAGCGGUGACGACUUCAAGUGGACCGGUUCGCAAUGUAAAUGUGACCGGUGAGUUGAAUGCAACGCAUACCGGUAUGCCGAAAACGCAAAUGGCAAAGGUAAUUGUGCACAGAAUAGUACGAGCGCCGAGUGAGGAGGAUGCAGCGCAACGUAAUGGUGACAUAGACAAGGUCGCGCAAGUAGUCAGUGUUGGCGAGGCGACACAGAGUGACGGGGAGAGUAAGACAGCUGAGCCGCAAAAGGAAGUGGAAAUGUUAAGUGGGAUAGAAAGAGAAACGUCCGCAUAUGAUGAACUAAUUGGACGAUCAGUGAGGCAUGAAGAGGUGCCAAGCGGCGUUCACAGCAACGCACAAAUACAAGUGGAGCCAAAAGUGAUAUUGCACAAAAUACAACAAGUAAACGAAGGAGGAGAGGUAGACACGGUGUUGAGAGAGCCCAGCACAAUACAGUCGGACCAAGCGCUGGGCGCAGCCAAAGUGAUCGUGCAUAAGAUCGCGCAAGAUCGAAGUGAUAGGGAAAACGCACAACACGUUGACAUACAAGAUCGCACCGACUGUGCAGCGGCCAAAGGUAUGUUCGAACCCAACAUAAACGAUAACUCCAAAGUCAUUGUCCAUCACAUACAACUCGAAUCCACAUCACCUACACAUUAUCGCGUUGACUCGCCGGAUGCGCUCAGUCCUACCGCACAACUAGGCAGAGCCAAACCAAAUCAUUUGCUCAACAAAAGUAUCGUGCAAAUACAAGAGCUUAGCGAUGAGAGCUCCAGCGAGUACAAUGACAAUCCACCUGUGAUUAGCGAAGCCGAGUCAGAGACGGAGUCCAGUGCAGGCGCGUGCUCCCUAGACUAUGGGCUAACUAUACGCACGCUUUCACCGGAAAGCGAUGACAGUUACGAGUUGGUAAGCAAACCCACCAGCCAGGAGCAACAAGAUCACAAACAGAGACGCGCACAAAAACGUGUCGCACUCGAGUCGCACUUCCUGCCACAGUUGCUGAGCCCACGCUAUCUGGAUAGCAUUUUAGAGGAGAAUAGUGACAUGAGUGAUGCGCGCAGCGAUUGCUCUGAAAAUCCACUAAUGACCACACAUUCAGGCGACGAUCUACACGAGGCGUCCGCUUCAAAAGUACGCAAAGCGAAUGAAGUAUUUCCACGCAGCAAUUUGGACUUCACACGACGUCAUGCAAAAAAACAGCUUGGCGCAUUGCCAAAAAAACCAUUACCCAUACGUGAAGAGCCCAUUGCCAUGGUGGUCGCCGCCAAAUUGAUCGAUGCCUCCCCAUCAACGCCGGCACAGGAAUGUUGCACGCGUUUGUCCAGCGCGCACACGCCCGAAUCGGAAGCAGCCGAAGUGAUAUAUUUGAGUAGUUCGGCAUCGAGCAGCCUGUCCGAUCUGAUGGAGCUCGAUGCGGAGGCCGAGGGUGAUGACGAGUGCGGCGAUAGUGGACGCUCAACGAUCGAUCUCGACACCGAUGCGCGCGAAAUCAUAACAAAACCAUCCAGCGAGACGAGGGAGGGUUGUGCAGCGACGGCGGACACAAGUGAUAGUCGCGAGAGUACACCUGUUAAUCAGGCAUCAACAAGGCUGUCAGAAAAUAAUGAGACGCAAAAAAAUCAUGCAAAUAACAAUGGUUUCAUAAGUGAACGUGACCAUUGUAUUGGUGUAGAGCAAAUAACGGCGAAUACUAUAACAACAACCACAACAGCAGCAGCAGCUAAUGGCACAAAUAUUGACACAGACAAGAUCACAAAUCCCAUUGAAUAUAGAAUAUUUGAGAAUUUGAAAAGCUUGCAAAUGUUGGCAGAGCCAAGCGGCGCUGCUUUUGGCGCUGGCAUCGGUGUUGGUGGUAGUGGUGAGCGCGCACUCUCCAAUACAACAAAACAAACAACAACAGUGCAAAGAAUAAGUAAGCGCACAGCAGCACCAGCCGCAGCCACUACCAGUGAGUCCGAGACGGAGACGGAGAUGAGUUCAGAGACAAGUACAACAACGACAACAACAACGGAGAGGUGUGAAUAUAUGCGCAGUUCGGGCUCUGGCAGUGACUGCAUCGGCGGCGACAGCAGCAGCAGUCUGACAAGCAGCAGCAACGAGUCCAAGUAUCCGCCAGACACACUUGCGACUAGUGAUAGUUUAAACGUUGACCCAGCAGUGCUGCUUGAAAAUAUUGAAUUAGAAAUGAAUAGCGUGCGCGAUAUAUUGAACUCGCAUACGAUCGAGACCACGACGACGACGGCGACGUGCGGGAAUGGAAGCGGGAACGGUAGCGGGAAUGAGAACGGGAACGUGAAUUAUGACAAUGAAAUGCGUUCGAGUGAAUUGAAUUUAAUGGAUAAUGGAAAUAGUGCUUGCAAAGGCUCAUCGCCCUCUCCUCCACCCAUACCACCGCCACCCACAAGUGCUAGUGCUAGUGAUUUUCAUAGUGAUUUUACAGGUUUUCAAACACAACCCAUAACUCAAAGCUCACCACCACCACCAGUACCACCCACGCGUGCCACACAAGAGCCCAACACACUCAGCACCUCUCCCUCAGCCACCUCCUCCGCUGCGUAUAACACAGAGCUAAAGAGUCCACAACAACAGAAACAACAAGAUCCCAACACCUCGCAUAGCGCUUUGACCACACUGUCCUUGCUGGCGCGCCAAGAGUCCGCCGAGUCCCAUUGCUCCGAUAGUACCCAACACAGUCAGUGCACCGCCAUUAAUGUUGGCUCGCGUCCACCCACCGACCAUGAAUUGACACCACCAUUGACCGCAAACUCAACUAUUUCAGAUACGCCACAUCAUCAUCAUCAUCAACAACACCAACAACAACAAAAAAUAAACGAGCAACUUGAAUGGAAUUACGAAGAAGGCCCCACCCAGCAACAAAAGAACUCUCAAUUGUCCGCUCAAGAAUUGGCUGAUGCACAGCAAAAAGAUGCUUCUAUUAAAAAAUUACGCCUGCUCUGUACCGAAACACUGGCCUCCAUGCCGUAUGGCGAGCAAGUGCUGGUAGAGUUGGCCACAGUAGCACAGAAUAUCGGUGAAUUGCAAGCGAAGACGGUUGAGCGGCCGGCACCAGCUAUAGGCACGCAAGACAACGGUCACAGUAUGCCUUACCCGUUGCCCCAGUUGCCGCAUAUAAGCGAGCUGCAAUUGUCGAUCGCCGACGGUGAUCGAACGCAUCAGAUACCAGUACACAGUGCACCAACUGUCGCCACCACCGCCUCCGCAAGCAACACCCACAUUGUGCCAAUUAAACUGGUCGACAACGAUCCAGCAGGCGCAACGCGUGAUCUAAUCAGCACUAACGUCACGGCGCAGCUAUUGCAUUCGCCACCCCCACCACCGGUGCCAGCGCCGCCCACACAAUACGAUGAUGCGCCAUGGCUGGGUAUGCCAACCGCUGCCGAUCCCAAUGUGUUGGUUUGCCUUUCGCCAGCGCAACAGCAGCAGCUUGCAGCUAGCAAUACUCAACGAUCCUCGCACACGCAGGUCCAUGCAACAGUGCAACAGGCGGGAGGCGUUGUUGGCGUUGGCGCUGGCGGUGAUCGGCGACCCGAUCAGCUAUUGGACGCACAUCAGAAGUUUCUGGAACGGCGCGGCUAUCAUGAGUACAGCGACGAACAGGUGAAAUCUCUGAAUGCUGCCGUGCAGCAGGAGGAACAACAGAUAUUAAAGACGGCGGCGUACAUGAAGAAAUUACGUAAAAGCCUGACACCACCACCGCCGCCUGUACCGCCACCACCAGUGCCAGCGAAGAAUGCCGAAACGGCGGCGAAGGCACAGAGUCAGCAGGCAAGAACAACGACCACAACAGCGAACAUGUUUUCGCCUUUGUCUUUGGCUUCGCCGUAUGUGAGUAGUGGUCAGAGCCAACAACACCAACAACGCGCUUAUGACGCCAUACAAGAUAGAAAAGCUAAUGAGCAAUAUGCAAAUGGAGUACAACAACAAAGCCAAGUGGCGAACCAGUCCGAGCAAAAGCGUUUGCUAACGCUCAUACAAGACGCGUCAGCUGUUGCCGAUUCGGCUGCUGGCCCAACACCAUCAUCAUCAUCAUCGGCAAUGCUAGCGCACCAGCAGACAUCAUCACUUGAAAAUAACUCAAGGCAAACGAGUGUCUCCGCCGCCACCACCACCGCUGCUGCUACUACUCGGCAAGCGUUCGCAGGAAAACCAACCAACCAACCAACGGCCAAUGCCGAUACACGCCAGUAUUCAAACGCAAACGCGUCCGAACCAACCACUAGUCAAAAUAGAACGUCCGCUGCGUAUAACAGUUUUCCAACCGCCACAGUCGGUAACAAUAUGCAGGGAGUCGAGAGUGAAUUAGCCAAAAUGUUUCCAUCGAUGGGCGCAAGCGAUAUCUUUAAUAGUGAACGUAAACGCUUCUCUAAUAUCGAAUCUUCGACCAGUUCCAAAGCAGCUGACGGUGCUGGCACUCCUUAUGCCCAACUGCAGUCCACACUGCCCAAACGGUAUUCCAACAUCGAGACGCACUCCUAUGAGGCGCAGAAGCGCAUGGAGAACGGACAGGUCAUCUAUGACUACGCGAACUCGCGACAUGAGCGUCAGUCGGAUGGCGAUAAGUCCUUGGAAAGUGCAUCCACACCGUCGCUGAUGCACUUCCCCGUGCGGGAGGCGUCCAAAGAGUCGCUGCUGUAUCCGCUGGCGGGCGAUGGCGUGUCGAGUAGAAGCGGAAAUAGUGAAAUUAUGUCAGCAAUAAAAUUAAACACAACAGAAAAUGCAAAAACAGCAAACGUACAAGAAACUAACGCGAAGAACGAAGAAACUAACGCGAAGGCGAAUGUCGUAAACAUGACAAAUUUCGCAUACCCGUUUGGCGCCACCACACCGUCGGCCUCGGCAUCGGCAACCACUACUUCGACCACUACAGCACACCAGCACCCCAGCGAACAGCGCGCAAUGGACACAACAACAAUCCGAAGAGAAGAACAUAUUAAAAAUAGCCAUGAGAGUGGUAGUACAUUGCGGUCGGAAAUCUCAAGUGGUGGCGGCGUCAGCGGCAAUAUGUAUGAAGAAUUUCGGCAACGUGCCAAGGCAGCGGCGAGCGAGCCGCCAGCCACCGCACCGCCACUUGGCGAAAGCAAUAGCGCGCAUUCCGCUUUCAAUUUCCAACACGACAAACUGUUCAAGGACUUUGAUGCGUUGUCGCAACAAUUGAAUAUGGAGCUUGAGGAGGGCAAGGCGCAACGGCAGCAACGUGAAAAAUCGGCUUCCCUCUAUGACUUGAACCGUACGCAGUGGAAUUUCAAGGACCAUUUCGAUGAGCUGAAGAAGCAACGGCAUGUACAUAUGCAAGAGUUGGAACGCGAAAUUGAACGUUCGGUGCGUUCACGUCAGUUGAAGGGUUGGGCUAGUGGUAGCACGCCCAGCGUUGCGCAUACAAGUGCAACGGGACGCACCUACGACAUACCCAUACAAAUUGAGCGGCGCAAUGGUGAGCAUAGUGGCGUGACGCAAGCAAAUGGUUAUGCGCCUAAAGUGGAUAGAAGUUCAGCGCCCAGAGAGCUGACGCAACCACGUGCCUACAAUAUACCAAUUGUUUUGGAGAAUGGUAGCGCACCAAAAGUGCCACCACCGCCGCAAGCUGAUUAUGAUACGGUAGAUGAUGCAUCGCGUUUCAGACGCGCAGAGUCGAUGUUCAAUCUCUCCGAAAAUGCGCAUCGUCCACAGCCACGUGCCCAACCUGCUACGUAUGCCACUUAUGAACGGCCACAAUCUGCUGCGGCAGAUGACUGGGCGCGUUAUGCCAGCGACUUUGGCUCUUCGGAGAAUAUCACACGUCCUUUUGCACGUGAAGUAGAGAUUUGCUAUCAGCGUCAGCGUCCACGCACUAUACGCGCGCCACGUCUCUCCGCCUCUACCAACGAUCUCUCCACCAACUCACAGUGUUAUGACAGUUAUAACGCUUACAAUGUGCGUCGCUCGCAUGCACCUAUGUUACAGCCCGUAGCGCAACAACAACGUCCACAUCACGCCAGCUGCUAUUCGGUGCUGGAGCGCGAUCCAAACCCAACUUACAUAAGCACCACUACACGCCGUGGUGUCUCGCCAGCGCCUGUGUCGCCUGCAGCACAACCUAAUGCAGCUGCACAUGAACCACACUACACGCCACAAGCGCCUGAGCGUCAAAGACGCGCAUCGCUGCCACGCGAAAUACAAGAGCAACAACUCAAGUACAUUAGCAGCAAAGAAGAAGAGCUGCGCAUGGAGUUUGAGCGCUUGCAAAACGAGCGUCGGCGUCUGAUGGAGGAGCUAAGUACGCCAACGACACCAACACUGCAAAUGCCCCAACAUCCAAUGCGCGAGGUUUACCGACCGGUGCCCAAACUGCCUACACUCACCGAAGACGAGGUAUUCCGUCAGCAAAUGGCUGAAGAGUGGCUCAGCAAGGUGGCCGAACGCGAAGAACGGCGUUUGCAGAAGAUCAUAAAAAUCUCCAAAGUAAAUGAGACGCAGCAAGGACAACAACCGCCAGUGCCGCCGCAUUCCAAAACUGAUAUCAGCGAUGAGUUUCUCAAGCGCGUACACGAGCGUCGCAAUAAACUCUCCAUGCCGGCUGAUAGUGAUUGGGAGAGUGGCGCCGAGUCGCAACCAGCCGCCGCAGGACAUGCUAGUGAGAGUGAUGUAGAGGUGCCGCCGAUGAAAGUGAUUGAGGGCAAGUCCGAAGCAGAUUUGCGUCAAUUGCCGCGUCAUUUACGUGAAUUUGCGCGUUUCUCUAAUCACAAUGAAGAGAAGAUCGACGGUGGUCAUCGGGUGGUGCAUCAGGAGGAGGAGCGUAGGCAAGAGGCGAAUGCCAAUUCAAUGAGUAGUGCAGUGAAGAAAUCGUCUGUGGUGAAAACUGUGAAAAUUGCAAGACAACCGGAAAUCGUAAUGGGCUCGUCAACAGCCGCCCGUGGAUCACGAGUACCACCAGCGAUGGAGCAACAGCGUCAAGUACAUUCACAACAACAACAACAACAACAGCAAGGGCAUAGCCGUACCACAAGCGGCGGGGAACAGGUGACGCGACGCAGCCACAUUUCCACUGCCACGUCAAGUAGUACGCGAAGUAGUUCCGAAAAGUACGCCAAACUGCAGCACAGAAGUAGUGAAGCUGCUGCUGCUAGUGGUGUUGGCGGUGUUGGUGAUGGUGCGUCAGAUAUCGUUGGUGGUAGUGUUAGUAAUACGAGUAAGCAGCGCCCAACACCAAUAAUCAUAAUAAAUGCCGAUCAGCGCCAACCUCAUCAGCAUAGUCACCAGUCACAGCAGCAGCAGCAACAACACCACCAUCAUAGUCAUAACCACAGCCACUCAUACAAGGCGACGAGUCACAUCAACAGCAGCAGUGGUCGCCCACCAGCGCCCUAUGCACGCCCCUGCAAGAAGACCCGCUUCCUGUUGGAACCAAAUCGACGUAGUUGGUCCGAAAGUGAUUUGCUCAAGGAGAUCGAUAGCGAACUGAAGUUGGCGAAGGGCUUCCUCUAUGCAAAUGCAUUCGAAAGAUCAGCCUCUACAUCGGCGUUAUAUUCGCCAGCGGCACGACGCCGACACGACACUGGUCAGCCAUUUUAUAAACCCAACGAAGUCAUUUUUAAAGUUAAACAUGAGUACAUGAGCGAACCGGAAACGGAACAAGAUCGUCCCAGAAAAAUGGCACAAUUGAGUCGACGGCAAGUCGAUGGCAUCGGACCGGUUACCAACGAUGGAAUGCCCAUUAUAUUGAGAUCGGAGGUUAAGGAACCACAUCAACAUGAAUGGUAUAAACGACUCUAUCAGACAAUACACAAGCAGAAGAGCGGUGAUGAUUACGUGAUUCGCUACAAAUGUCAAAGAGCUCGUCCACAAUUGAAAUCAACUGGUUAUCAAUCGGAGCCCGAGCCCAAUUACGAUUCCGACUACUCAACAGUAAAGUAUCGAACAUUAGAUCGACGACGUUUACAAUCGGUCUCAUCGGCCACGAACGUUGCGAAUCGCAAUACGAAUACGUAUCAGGACGAUAAGCUUUAUGGUACUAUGCCAAAUCCAAUUAAAUCGGCACAAAAUACAUAUAAAAAUCAACCAGGUCGCAUUGAAGACUACGUAACGGGUCGUUCAUCGGUCUCCGAGAAAGAACGCAAAGAAUGGUGGGACGAAGUGAUGGACAUCUUUAACGGGCACUUGGAUCAAGCAAAGCUCUCGCCACACUACACUGAAGGAAAUCUUUCAAGAGCCUUAGCCAAAGAGACUGGCUAUACGAGUGACUCAAAUUUGGUAUUCCGCAAACGUGACGUGCCACAAGCCAGUCCACUGAGCCCUGUUGAGCAGAAGCAGGCCUACAAGAGUGUACAAGCUGGAGGAGAACCACCUUUGUUCGGUUUCAGGAAACCAGCGCCGGAAAGACCAAGAGAUGACGGUAACGAUCCGCCAGUACCGCCUAAACCCAGUGGAUAUCGCGCAGAAUCUCCAAAUCGUUAUCUUGAAUCGGAUGUAAAUAUUCAUUUCAAGACACCAAUACGUCAUGAAUACAAACAGGCCAUGUCAGAUGAGGAUUUAGCACAACGACAGGCCGAACAAAUGCAAAAGCUUUAUCAGGAGGAGCGUCGACGCAAGUACUUACAGGAAUUGCAGGAUAUGAAUGCACGUCGUCAUACGGAUAAUUUUACGCCUACACAAAAAUCACCAAUACCGUUAAAUCGUUAUGAUGACUUCCAAUCGGAUUUGGCGCCAAAAUCGCCCAACACGAUAACAACACGAACGGCAGCGCGCGCGCUAUACAACUUCCAAGGACAAAAUGCAAGGGAGCUUUCAUUCAAGAAGGGCGAUAUCAUCUAUAUACGCCGGCAGGUUGAUCGUAAUUGGUAUGAAGGUGAACACAAUGCCAUGAUCGGCCUACUGCCCGUGAGCUAUGUUGAGGUCAUAAACAAAGACACCGUCCGUCAACAACCAAAGAAACCAUCCGAAGGACAAGCUCGUGCCAAAUAUAACUUCCAAGCGCAAUCUGGCAUAGAAUUAUCACUGAACAAGGGAGAAUUAGUCACACUGACACGACGUGUGGAUGAGAAUUGGUUCGAGGGUAAAAUAGCCAAUAGAAAGGGUAUCUUCCCAGUGUCAUAUGUUGAGGUACUCACCGAUAUUGGUGCUGAAGAUAUUGCCGCACGUACCGUUAUAACCGAACAAGUGAGCGUUACGAAUUUACGUCCCUCACUCGACACCUUACGCACAAAUAUUAAUAAUGAAUUCAAUUUAAUAACCAAAAAUGGCCAUCAGCCACCAAAUGGCAUACUCAAGGAGACCAAACAACACAAUAACAAAAUUGAUGCACUGCACGUGGACACGCAUUCGGAACCGUUGGUCUAUCGCGCACUCUACAAGUACCGCCCACAAAACUCCGAUGAAAUGGAAUUGCUCGAAGGUGAUAUCGUUCAUGUGUUGGAGAUCUGUGACGAUGGCUGGUUUGUGGGCACCUCACAGCGUACCGGCUGCUUUGGCACCUUCCCGGGCAAUUAUGUGGAGAGGGUGCGCUGAGAGCGGAGCUACAGAGUCAGUUUACCUGGCUUCAGAUAUUUACGCAAUACACACACAUACACAAUCACGAUAAUUAAAACAAAUAUGUGAACACUUUAGUUGAAUGAACAAAUUUGUAUGGAAAAGCAAUCAAAGAAAUUUUACCAUUAAUUUACCAAAAGAAAAAAAAACAAAUCAAAAAAAAAAUAUUAAAAAAAAAAUUAAAAAAUUA